AUGACGUGGUUCGUCCGGGUCGUUGACUACCACAGCAGCAGGAUGGCCGACCAGAGCAGGCAAAUAAAACUCGCCGCAGCCAAGAAAAAGCUCAAGGAGUUCCAGCAGAAGAGCUCUCCAACCAAUAUUGGAGAAGAAAAAGGCGGAGUUGGAGGAGGAGUUUUAGGCGGCUCAGGAGCCAAGAAGAAAAGGAAAGUGAAGGAACCCAAGUAUGAUGCACCGUCGAGUGACAGAAACUCUCCAGACAAUUUUGACAAUAUUCUCAAAGCACUUAGUCAAAGCAAUGGAGUAGUCCUGCCUGCGUAUGGCAAAAGUCAGGCCAUAGCUGACAUGGAAAGCAUCGGUUCUUCGGGCCCACCGCUAACGAACGAGCUCGACCGGCACUCACCUCUGUCUAACUCUACUAGCACUAAUACUACUACUAACCUCCAGAAUGCCAGCCACCAAACUGACAUGCUGCAGGACUACCCUGACACCAAUGGGAAUGAAAGUUUAACGGAGGAAAAUCGACAACUGUCUUCCACAGAGAGUCUGCGACAGCUCUCGCAGCAACUCAACGGCCUGGUCUCUGAAUCAUCAGCUGUACACGUGAAUGGCGACAGUGCCUCACCUGUCGGCGAGAGAGAAUUGGAUAGUCGGAACCAGGAGCUGUCUGCUGCCCUGGAGUCCAGCAACUUAACAAACUCUCAGCUCAAUACCAAGCUUGAUCAGCUGGCACAGCAAUCUCAGGAGCUCAACGAUCAGCUGCAAAAGGAGCGAAAGGAAUUUGAGCAAAAGUUUUCCAAAGAGCAGGGAGCCAUGCGGGAACAAUUACAGGUUCACAUUCAAACCAUUGGAAUACUGGUGUCGGAAAAAUCAGAGCUACAGACCGCAUUACAAUACACACAACAGGCUGCCCGCCAGAAAGCAGUGGAAGCAGAGGAGUUGAAUAGUCGACUGCAGACAACAAAGCAGAGAGUGUCAGAGCUGGAGAGAACGCUGUCAUCUGUAUCGACACAACAGAAACAGUUUGAAAAGCACAACAAAGACUUAGAAAAAGAGAGAGAUGCCAUGAGACUAGAGUUAUUUAGACAAAAUAAUUUAAACGAUGAGUCCAAACAGCAGAGCUCGGAGCUUUCAGAGCAGCUACGGCAGAGAGCACAAGAGACAACAUCGUUAAGGCUGGAGGUGGAGGAUCUCCGCAAGAGACUUGAGAUUGCUGACCUCAUGUUGCAGCAAUGCUCUACCCAGUCGGAUCCCAGUAGUUCCAGUCAACAGAUCCAGUUGCUGCUGGAGGAAAAGCAGCAGAUGGAAGUGCACAACCACCAGCUGAUGGAGUCGGUUGCUCAGCUAAAGACAGAGAGAGACUGCUACGCAGAGCAGAUCCAGGAGGGAGGCCGCGUUUGGAAGGACAAAACGGAGCAGCUGCUAACACAAGUGUCACUGGUUGCAGAGGAGAGGGACAGAAACAUUGAAAAAGUCCAACAACUUGAAGCUACAAUCUCAGAGCUAAGAAAUGCUGCAGCUUUACUGUCCCAAGAGAGAGAAAAUCAGAGUGCUGCAGAAGCUCUGUCCUCAGGCCCGUCAGAGAAUGAAUUAGCUUUACAGGAAGCACUCAAAACUCUGGAACAGGAAAAAGAUUCCCUUGAAGCGCAGUAUCAGUCCCAACUGUGCGACAAUGAGCAGCUGAGUCGACUAUGCUCGGAGCAAGAGUCACGUCUGUUGGAUCUGGAGCAGCAGGCGCAUAGUCAGGCCCAGGAGGCUGAGGACCGUCGUCGCAUGCUAGAAGAUGUUCAAUCGGACAAAGCGACCAUCAGUCGCGCUCUAACGCAGAACCGAACGUUGAAGGACCAGCUUGCUGAGCUGCAGAACGGCUUUGUUCAACUGACAAAUGAGAACAUGGAGCUGACCAACGCCAUUCAGUCAGAGCAACAUGUUAAAAAAGAGCUGGCGCGUAGGAUGGGAGAGCUUCAAGAGCAGCUGCACAAUGUCAAAGAGCAGCUGGAAGAGAAAUAUAAGGAAGCUCAAGGGCUAGCUGAGCAGAGGGACCAGGUGGCAGCCCACCUGCAGCAGUACAGCGCCGCAUACCAGGCGCUGGCCUCCGAGAGGGAGCAGCUCCAUCAGCAGUAUUUCACACAGAGCCAGCUCAUGGACCGACUGCAGCAUGACGAAUCCCAGGGCCGUGCUCGGCUGGAAGUCAGCCAAAACGAAUUGAAGCGAGCACAGGAGCACAUGAAUCAUUUGGUAAAAGAUAACAAGCAGUUAAAGGCUGAGGUGAGAGAGCUGCUCAACAGUUCAGAUCUUGCCAUGACUACUAGAGAUGAAGGAGAUGGAGUGGAGAAUCAGUUGCUUCAACAGAAUAUGACAGAGUCCUCCUCCAUUGUCAUCCCGCAAGACUUUGAGAGUGAGAAAGAAAUGGAAGAGUUCAUCCGUUCCACGUUGACUCGAUUGGAGGCGGAGCGGGAUGAGGCCUGGAGGCAAUUGAAGGAGGAGCGCCGACUCCAUGCGGCUGCGAAACACCAGGCCGCUGUUGCACUCAGCCUCCGGCACGACGAGCACCACCAUGAUCAUCACCAUGAUCACCAUCAUGACCACCACCAUGACCACCACCAUGAGCAUGAAGAUACUCAGGGCCAACAUAGUCACUGUGAACACCAUCACCAACAUUCAGAAGGGGGCAGCGUACCGCUGGAAGUUCAUCAGGCUUUACAGACAGCGAUGGAGAAGCUCCAGCAGCGGUUCACGUCGCUCAUGCAGGAAAAGGUCGACCUGAAGGAGCGCGUGGAAGAGCUGGAGCAUCGUUGCAUCCAGCUGUCCGGCGAAACGGACACAAUUGGAGAGUACAUUGCGCUGUACCAGAGCCAGAGGGCCAUCAUGAAGCAGAAACACCAAGAGAAGGAGCAGUACAUCAGCAUGCUGGCUCAGGACAAAGAGGAGAUGAAGGCUAAACUAGAAGAACUGCAGGACCUCGUCAUGAGGCUGGUGGCCGAGCGGAAUGACUGGUACAGUAGGUACGCUGGCGCCGUAGGCAGCGCCGCCUCCUCUGAUCCUGACCUUCUUCCCGCCGGCGAGGACCGCCAAGCACAAGCCGAAGACUGCAGCGGACUUGAAGCAAUGGAGAUCAUCCCCCUUUCCGAGCCCAUCGCCCAUCAGGAGGCUCCCGCACCUGGAGCCCGUCCCCCCACUGAUUCCGAGCCUUCACCUCCGGCGUUGCCAGAGUCAGAUGGCACGGCACGACAGAUCAUGCAGCUGCUGCAAGAGAUCCGCAACCCGCCGCGGGCUCCCCCCUUCAUGGCUGACAACCCGUGCGUCCCCUUCUUCUACCGCCCUGACGAGCGGGACGAGGUGAAGAUCCUGGUCGUGUGA